GUAGACUACUGGUACUGUCCCAGAAAGACGGGACGGGUAUACUUUCUCUUUCCGUAUAGAGAGUAAGUAGGUAUAAGCAAGCAAGCGACUGUUAUAUCGCCUUGUUGUGUGUAAAAUAGCGGCACUACUUGUGCGUCCCGGCUCUGCGAAAGUUGUCAUCGUCGACGUUCCCUGCAGUCUUACUUUGCUUGUUUUUUUAUACACUCGUAUUGCUCGAGGCUGCUGUACAGUGUACAGACAACACCCACAGAUACAUACACACACUCAUCGGGGGAAAGCUCAUCGGCUGCGUCGCUUAUAUUUCUCGAUCGUGCUUACAAAAAGCUUGGAACGUUAAACAUGGCUGCCAACGGAGCAGCAGGCGUGCUGACCAAAGAGGUGCUCAAGGAACUGCGGACCAAGUUCUACAGCGAGCGGGGCAACAUCCAGGCCCAGAACACGUGUACCCGCGUGGACCCGUUGGAGGCGUGUAUCAAUCGUCAAGCGAUCGAGCGCACGAAUCACGUGUUCCAGCACAAGGUGGAAUCCGAGGCGAAGCCGGUGACCAACCAAAAGAGCAGUGGCCGCUGCUGGCUCUUUGCUGUGCUCAACAGCAUACGCGUGCCCUUCAUCAAGCAAUACAACCUCGAGGAGUUUGAGUUCAGUCAGAACUACCUCUUCUUUUGGGACAAGAUCGAGAGAAGCAACUGCUUCCUUCACAAUAUCGUGACGACGGCGAAGCGCGGCGAUGAACUCGACAGCCGGGUGGUGCAGUUCUUGCUCUCGGAACCCAUAAACGACGGCGGUCAGUGGGACAUGAUCGUCAACCUGGUCAACCGGUACGGCCUCAUGCCCAAGGUCUGCUUCCCCGAGUCGUUUUGCAGUGAGAUGUCGAGCAGGAUGAACUCGCUGCUCACCAGCAAGCUGCGCGAGUACGCCAAAAUUCUACGGGCUCUCGUUGAAUCCGGCGCCUCCGACGAAGAGAUCGAGGGAACCAUCCUGAAGCAGAUGACGGUGAUCUAUCGGAUAGUUGGGAUUUGCCUGGGCAUACCACCCGAGACCUUUACCUGGGAGUAUUACGAUAAGUCGAAGGCCUACCAUAGCAUCGGCCCGGUGAGCGGACUCGAGUUCUACGAGAAAUACGUGAAGCAGUGCUUCAACAUCGACGACAAGGUAUGCUUGGUGACGGAUCCGCGUACGAGUCAUCCCUACGGCAAGCUCUACACGGUAGAUUGUCUGAACAAUAUGGUGGGAGGCAGGAAUACCAUAUACAAUAACCAGCCGGUCGAGCUGUUGAUCAAACUCUGCGCUGAGAGCAUCAAGGCCAAAGAGCCCGUCUGGUUCGGUUGCGAGGUGUCCAAGCGUUUUUCCGGCAAGAUCGGCGCUCAGGAUCUCAACGUCCACAACUACGAGAGCGUUUUCGGCACCAACUUCCAGGUCGGCCUGAACAAGGCUGAUCGGCUCCUUUACGGCGAGUCCUCCAUGACCCACGCCAUGGUCUUCACUGGGGUCACCCUUGACGAAAAAGAAAAUCCAAUCAAAUUUAGGGUUGAAAACUCGUGGGGCGAGGAUCGUGGCGGAGACAAGGGCUACCUUGUGAUGACACGGGACUGGUUUCAUGAAUUCGUCUUUGAGGCAGUUAUCGACAAAAAGCACGUGCCCCAGGAGGUGUUAGAUGUUUACAAACAAAAGCCAACUGUCUUGCCUGCUUGGGAUCCAAUGGGCACACUCGCUCAGUGAUAACUUGAUGAAACUUUUGCAUUUGUAUCUCUUUUAAAAUUUUGUAAUUAAAAGUAAAGGUAACAGAAAACUAAUAAUGCAAAAAAAAAAAAAAAAAAAAUGAUUUAGCUGAUGCAAACAUGGAGGGAGUCGGAGUCAAUUUUUUAGCUAAUUUUUUUAUAUCUAAUUUUGGUACUUAACUAUUGUAAAAGGCCAUAUUUUUGUUAUUUUCAUGAGUGUACCAUUUUUUAAAGCAAAAUUAAGAAUUGACUUUUGUUGAACCAGUACAAAAUUGUCAAUUCAAAUACUGAUGUUACGAUAAAUGAACGAAGUGUAUGUGGCUGAUCUGAACUGUGAGUCAAGUCUGAAGACAAGUAAUCAUGGUGCAUUUCUUCUUUUAUAAGUUAUUAAAUAUACCAUGUAAUAAACAAAAUGCAUGAAAAAGAUAAUUUUGAUUUCUAAAAGUAUUACGAAAUCUUCAUACUACAAAUAAACAUACUAUACUUUGAGAAAA